CAGUGGGGGCACUAACCACGAACAAACCGGGAUCAGUAGUCACAAGGUAACCCAGUGCAGCCCACACUCACGAUGCUAACGCUUGUGGCAUCGACUUUCAUUGUGGUUGCGGGGCUGUCCCUCUCCGAGGCUGUGACGAUCUGCUACUUCGGGUCGUGGGCGGUGUGGCGACAGGGAGCCGGGAAAUACGACGUGGAGGACAUUGACCCCUUCCUGUGCACUCACCUGGUCUAUGGCUUCGCCGAGAUCUCUACGUCCACCUGGGAAAUCGAGGCCAUGGAACCUUACAAUGACCUGUGUGUUAACUAUGGUCAGUGUGCCUACAGCAGGUUCACGGCGCUUAAAGACCUUAACCCUGAUUUAAAAACCCUACUGUCUGUUGGUGGGAAUUCUGUCGACGGCUCCACUUUCUCUGAGUUAUCCGGAGAUGCUAGUAAAAGGAAAAUCUUCGUCGGAAGCGCCGUCGAGAUGCUCAAGACCUACAGCUUCGACGGUCUCGACAUUAACUGGAUGCACCCGGCUGACAGAGAUGGGCAACCUGAGGACAAGAAAAACUACAUCGCUCUCCUGAGAGAUCUUCACGAAGCCUUGGCAGACGAGGACCUGGUACUCACAGCCUGCGUCUCUCUGGAGAAACGCGAGGUUGAUGUCGCCUACGACGUCCUAGGGCUUUCGGACGCCGUGGACUUCAUUUUGCUCAGCGGCUACAACCUACACGGACCCUGGGACACGUUCACGCACCACCACGCGCCCCUCUUCCCUCACCCGGCCGACACAGGCAACAAUGCCUUCCUCAAUAUUGACUACGGAGUUGGUUACUGGAUAUCGAAAGGAGUCGACAAGAAGAAACUAGUGCUGGGCCUCGGCACAUAUGGAACUACAUGGACUCUGAACAACUUGGACGACAGUGAUUACUACGCUUAUGCUACACAGGCGGGGAAACCUGGUCCUUACACAGCCACUCUGGGGUUUCUAGGCUACAAUGAGAUAUGCGAGAUGCAACAUGGAAAUGAUGAAUGGACGGUGGUGAGGGAUCCAGACAUGCACGAGCCCUACACAUACUCCGCGGCUGACAAGACCUGGUGUGGUUACGAGGACUCCCAGUCGAUGUGGCGGAAGGGUCAGUACGCCCGGAGCCAAGGCCUGGCGGGGACGAUGGUGUGGAGUCUGGAGACGGACGACUUCUCGGGGUCCUGCACGGGGCGGCCCUACAACCUCAUCAGGUCCAUGAACGAGGGCUUCCUGAACCUGCCCUUCAGCACUCCUGUGCCCCCGACGAGUGCCUCAACGCAGACGACAAGCGGCCUCGUGACCCCGACGUGUGGCAGCGAGACUUUCAUGCCCGACCUGUACUGUAAUAAAUACUGGCAAUGUGAAGGCGGCAUUCCGCACCCUCGGGAGUGUUCCGAGGGCCUCGUGUGGAAUAGCGUCCUUUUCACAUGCACUUGGCCCUCCGUCACGGACACCUCUCAUUGCCUCAUGCCCGGCCAGACGAUGACACCGACUGAGUCAUCCGCCACAUCAACAUCUGAGACAUCAACAAAAUCAACGACCCAGACUUCUCCAUCAACUGUAUCGAUAUCUGAGACAUCUGCACCAACUUCUCAGAUACCUUCAACUGCAGCAUCUUCUCUGACAUCUACAACCACUACAUCUACUACAUCAACCCCUAUGGCAACAACCAAGCCAAUUCUGCCUGACUGUGACCCUGCAUUAAAUUACUUUGUGCCUCAUCAAUCAUGUAAGAAGUACUGGUGGUGCGUCGGGGGUCACGCUGUUCUCGGAAGCUGCUAUGGAGACCUUGUGUGGGAUCAAGACGCUCGGGUUUGUGUCUCUGCUGGCCAGAGUGACCCUGCGGACUGUAGCACUUUGUAAUAUCCUUUACUGUAUUUUCAUCUACCAACUUAAGAAGUCGUGUGGUGUGUUCUGUUCUUGUUUUCUCUCACAAAAAAAUGUAAGCAAAGUAAAAUGACAAAGGAAAUAUAGUGUAUCGAUCGAUUUGA